AUAAAAAGCUCCAAGGAAAAUAUCUCAGAAUCAUCUCCCCUGUGUCUCCUGUUAAGCUUUACUGCUCCUGUAUAAUGAACGUGGUUCUUACUGUAGCUGUAAUUGCACUUUAUGUUACUUUGUCAGUGAGAAAAGAAAAACUGGCCAAUGUGAGCCCUGGACCUUGCUAUGCCACCUGCCCAAGAGACUGGAUUGGAUUUGGAAGUAAAUGUUUUUACUUUUCUGAAGAUACAAGAAACUGGACAUCCAGCCAGUCUUCCUGCAUAGCACGAGAGGCCCAUCUAGCUCUAUUUGAGAGCCUGGAAGAACUGAGUUUCCUGAAGAGAUACAAGGGGGAUUCUGACCACUGGAUUGGCCUGCACAGAGAGUCACCACAACACCCUUGGAGGUGGACAGACAACACUGAGUAUAACAGCUUGGUUCUUAUCCGAGGAAGAAGAGAACAUGCCUACCUGACUGACACUGGGAUCAGCAGUAGCAGGGACUACACAUACAGGAAGUGGAUUUGUAGUAACCAUAAAGCUAUUCUUUGCAAGGGUCAGUGA